AUGGACGUCUACGCUGCUAACAUGGAUCGCUGCCCCGUAUAUGCCUCCUUCUUCGGCGCCAUGGGCUGCGCGUGCGCCAUCGUCUUCACCGUCAUGGGCGCGUCGUACGGCACGGCCAAGUCGUCCGGCGCCAUCUUCUCGUCGGGCAUCAUCCGGCCUGACCGGCUGAUGCAGAACACGCUGUGCGCCAUCAUGGCGCAGAUCCUCUCCAUCUACGGCCUCGUCACCAGCGUCAUUAUCUCGGGCAACCUAGUCGAGAAGAUGGCGCUGCACACGGCCUUCCUCCAGCUCGGCGCCGGCCUGGCCGUCGGCCUGUGCGGCCUGGCUGCCGGGUUCUCUAUUGGCGUCGUGGGAGAUGCCGGAGUGAGAGCGAGUACGCAGCAGCCGCGCCUCUACAUCGGCAUGGUCCUGAUCCUGAUCUUCGCCGAGGUGUUGGGCCUGUACGGCGUGAUCGUGUCGAUCCUGAUGCUGACGCGGUCGACGCUAGGCGUGACGGAUUGUCCGUAUUGA